UGCUCUGGGCAUGUGUGUGUGUGUGUGUGUGCGUGCGUGAGCAGCAGCAGCAGCAACGAAAAUCAAUAACAAAGCGCAAGGCGCUAAGCGUAAUGUAAAAUGAAGCAGCAUCAGCAAGCGAAUAAUAGAAGAGCAAUGUUAAAAGCAAUAACAAAUUGCCGGCAAUAUCAAGCAACAAGGCAAGCGACGCGUUUAUUAAACAUUUGUAUAUCGAUAGAUGCUAUCGUUGUUAUCGCUGCUAAUUAGACUAAAGACGUUCAUAAAAUAAAAACAAGCGUGAGCUGCUGUGCUGCGAGUUUGUUUUUUUUGUUGAGAGCAAAAACGCAAAAAAGUGUGUCGAGAGUUGCGCGCCUAAAAUUUGGGUCGGCAGUGCGCCCACGCCACGCCCCCGAUCGAAAAGCCUACUACUCCUCCUCCGCCGCCGCCUCCCAUUCCACACAAGCAAACUUGCACAGUUAGAACGAAAACAAAAAGUGAAGAAAAUGUCGCUGCAAACGAAACGUCAGCAUUGCUAUCUAUGCGAUUUGCCCCGCAUGCCCUGGGCCAUGAUCAAUGAUUUCUCGGAGGCCGUUUGCCGUGGUUGUGUCAACUACGAGGGCGCCGAUCGCAUCGAGGUCGUGCUGGAUGCAGCUCGUCAAAUGAAGCGCCUGCAUCCGAGCAGCAAGCGGGCGCAUGAGAAUGGCGAAGUUGUGGUGUUGCAACAACAGUUGAAUGCCACACUGCGCGGCCUGCCCAGCUCGGCCAGCGCCGGCAGCAGCAGCAGCGCCGGCGGAGCUUCAAAUUCGGCCAGCGGACAGGCACCGUUAUCAUUGUCACAUCAUCAUGCAGCCGCUGUGGCAGCCGCUUAUCAGCUGCCACGCAUUGGACCGCCGCCACCACCGCAGCAGCAGCAGCAACAACAGCAGCAGCAACAGAACGCCGGCGGAGGCGGUGCCAGUCUAAUGGAUUUUCCCGUUAAGCUGGAGACGCCACCGGAUGUGCGACCCGUGCGCAUUGCUCACAUGGCGCCACACCAUAUGCCGCCCUCGGCUGCGCAACGUUCGAGCUCCAACAACGUUACACAGCCGCCGGGCAGCGGCGGCGGCGGUGGCGGUUCAACGCUGCUGCCCGCGCUCUCUGUCAAUUUGAAGCGUCCGCCACCGGAGGACAUUGAUGUCGAUCCACAGCAGCCGCAUGGUCCGCCACAUGGCGUUGGCGUUGGUGUUAGCGUUGCCGAGCUCUCUGCCGGCAGCAGCGGCGGCAACAAUGGACCCUCCAACGUUAAGCGCAGCGCCUUGGAUGAUCCCAACGGUGUGCGUCCGCCGCUAACACGCGGCGAAUCCCUUCCAGCCGCAGUCAGCUAUGUGCCCGAGCGCCAGCUCAGUCUGCGCGAGAAGCAGCAGCCGGUGCGGGCGCCCAGCUUUGAUGCAGCCACCUUUAAGGCGGGCGAACACUUGUCGCCUGCUAGUCGACGCAAUGGAUCCAGUCCGCCAUCAGGACAGCUGCCACCACGCAGUGUACACUCACCAAACAGUUCGGGUUCCUCUUCAGGACGACGCUCGUCGGGAUCGCGUCAUGUGUCCAGCACCACUGUGACAAGCAGCGAAGUUGGCGGAUCAGCAGCAGCAGCCGCCGCAGCAGCGGGCUUGGGCGCUGGCAGCGGCGCUAGCGGUGGCGCUAACAAUUCACAGCUAAGCAGCGCUCCGGCUGCAGCCGGCAAUGGUAGCAGCGGUGCUGGCGGUUCUUUACCACCAAAUCCCAAUUCAUUAGCUUCCGACGGAGGCAGCGCUGGCGGCGCUGGCGGGCCCAGUGGCAGCAAUGGUAGCGGCACUGUUGGCUCCGGUCCGGGCAGCAGUGGCAGUCAAGGCACACCUGGCAGCGGUGGAGGUGGCGGCGCCAGCGGUGGUGCUGGCCUAAGUGGUGCUCCCGGCAGCAGCGCAGCGCCUAAUUCAGCAGCGGCAGCAGCUGCUGCAGCAGCGCAAAAUGCGACGCUCAAGUGUACACUGUGCCAGGAGCGUCUCGAGGAUACGCACUUUGUGCAAUGCCCGUCGGUUAAUAUACACAAAUUUUGCUUCCCCUGCAGUCGCGAGAGCAUCAAGCGUCAAAACGGCUUGGGCAAUGAGGUGUAUUGUCCCAGUGGUGAGCGUUGUCCAUUGGCAAAUUCCACCAUACCGUGGGCGUUUAUGCAAGGUGAAAUCACCACUAUAUUAGGCGAGGAGGUCAAGGUGAAGAAGGAGCGCGAGUCUUAAUGUCCAUUUUACUGUAAAAAGCUGCGUAGAGCUUUGGAACAUUUUUAAGAGAGCCAACACGCACGCACAAAGAGAGAGCGUCGCCCAAAUCGAAUUUGUUUGAACAAGAGAGAGCGAUAGUUAGUGAUCGCUUAAACGUCAACGUGACGCGCUCGUUACACCGAGAGAGCGGAAAAAAAUUUUUAUCUUCGAUGGCGCGCAGCCGCGACGCCGGCGUCGCUUUUUGUCCAUGACGACCAACAACAACAAAAACAUAUUUGUAGGCCUAAAAAAACUAAAAUUUGCAAAUUCGUAACUUUGAAAGCAAAG